AUUGCGUCGCCAGCAAGGAGAUCCGCACUUUCGUGAUCUGUAGUGGAGCUUUCGAACGGCGAUCCAGUCUAGUUCUUAUCAUGCCCAUCUACGGAACAUCCACUCCAGCUUUUAUUAAAGCUCAUCGAUGUACCUCGUACGGAGUAUCCCGUUUGCUCAACCCUCAAGCUGUCGACGUGGUUGGAAGUCAUGAAGCUAGUCCAAAGCUUCGCCAUAGCAUUGCUCCCAGUCUAUGCAUCCCUCUCCCAUGCUCUCGUCACCGCGGGGGGCAGUGAAAAGCUAGCGCAGCAGCAUCAGCAACAAGCAAUACAGCAGCAGCCGUCUUGGGCUCUAGGACCGGACGCUGUCGACCAUGGAAAGCUCUCCGAUGUGAUUGCUGCUUCGCCUUUGUUGUCCCUGCAUCGGGCCAUCUGCGAAAUCGAGUCGAUCACGGACAAUGAAGCCGCGGUGGGGAAACUCCUCGUUUCAGUACUUGAAGCGCACAAUUUCACGGUGCUUACGCAGAGUGUGCCGCCGCCCGCAGCGGAUUCGACGAGCAACGCGAAGGAGAGAUUCAAUAUCUAUGCGUACCCGGAUGUUGCGAAGUAUGGAGGCUCCGCCCCGGCGUCUGAUGCGGAACGCAGCCAGCCCAAAGUCCUCCUGUCCUCGCACAUUGACACGGUCCCGCCACAUAUCCCGUAUUCGCUGUCUCUUCCCAGCGAGGGAGAUGAGACUGUUUCCACGACGUCGUUCUCGCGCAGGGACAUACUCAUCUCCGGUCGCGGGACGGUCGACGACAAAGCUUGCGUGGCCGUCCAAGUCCAAGCCGCUUUGGACCUGCUCUCGGACCCCGCCGUGACUACGACCUUCUCCCCUUCUGACAUUGCCCUGCUGUUUGUGGUGGGCGAGGAAAAGAGGGGGGACGGGAUGCGUCACUUCUCCUCGUCGCAGCUCUACAACCACACCCGCGACAACUACAAAGCCAUCCUCUUCGGCGAACCUACAGAGGGUAAACUGGCCACCGGCCACAAGGGGAUUGAAAUGCUUUCUCUCCGCGCCCGCGGCAAGGCGGCGCAUUCCGGCUAUCCGUGGCUGGGGAGGAGUGCAAAUAGCAUGAUCUUGCCCGCGCUUGUGGUUCUGGAUAAGUUGGGAGAUACACCCGAGGAGGACGGUGGACUGCCCCGGAGUGACAAGUACGGGAAAUCUACGGUGAACGUUGGGUUUAUGCAGGGAGGCGUGGCGGGCAAUGUUGUUCCCGAGUUUGCCAUGGCCGACGUGACCUUCAGGCUUGCAGGAGGAACCGUCCCAGAUGUCCGCAGGAUUGUCACGGACGCGGUGCGGAAGGUCGACCCUGAGGCACUGCUGGACUUGCAGUUCUCCCAAGGAUAUGGGCCCGUGCCGUUGGACGCGGAUGUGGAUGGAUUCGAGACGAUCACUGUGAAUUAUGGGACGGAUGUGCCGAACCUGGACGUUGCGGAAGGGGUAAAGAAGUACCUCUAUGGGCCUGGGAGCAUUCUUGUCGCGCAUGGCAAGGAUGAGGGGCUGACAGUGGGGGAUAUGGAGGAGGCACUGGAAGGCUACAAGAGGUUGGUGAGGCAUGCGUUGAAAUUGUAAAUUCCUACAAGAGUUAUUUGAGAGACCUGGGGUCGGGCUUUCAAUGGAAGGUCUGGAAGAUCCAAAUAGUUGCAGACACAAUGAUAUAACAUUUG